AUGUCGACCGAGUCCCCAAUAGUAUCGUGGCCUAUCCCAUCGGCCCCUUUGCCUGUUCAUCUACCAUUGGAGUCAUCAAGCUCGGACGCGCUCCACAUCGAGUCCAUGCGCAACAUCCGAACUUCCCUCGAUGGCUCUCCGGAGACAGUUUCGCACACGAAGCCGAGCGACUACUUCGUGCCCAAGCACGAACGAGACCACCGACGCAGAGCCAGGGAGGAGGAGGCUGCGAAAGCAGAGCGUGAGUCUACCAUCAUCUCCGAGACGGACCGCUGCAGUCCCUGUCCGACGGGCCCCCGACCGACAAACCCCAGAACGACAAGCCUCAGCCCGACGAGCCCCCGACCGACAAACCCAGAACGACAAGCCCCAGCCCCCAAGCUCGAGCAGCCAAGCGCCAGGCCGGCCAAGUCCACUAUCGUCACCAAGGAGCGUACCGAAGCAAGCCGACGGCGAUUUGUUUUGGCCGUAAACGCUUUGAACGGCAAGAGCCCGACCGAGCCGUCCGACAAGAGAAGAGUGCGCUCCGAAGGCUUCGAAGAGUCAACCGAUGAGUGGGUGUCAAUCGAUGAGUAG